UAGCAUACAUUUGUUUAAAAGACUAAUGGCUUCUCCAAAAUUGAUCAUUGUGUUCGCUUUCUUGCUUGCCGCUCUAGAGUUAGCAAGAGGUGCGGGACCAACGUGCCAGACGAGAGAGGAUUGCUACGAAAAAUUGAUAUGCCCUGAAGCUGAAACAUUGGUAUGUGAAAAUGGGGAGUGCGUUUGUGUCAUACAAAGCUUGAUUGAAGCCGAUGCCCCAAACACCCUCCCCGAAGACGAUGGCUUUCCAACGUGCCAGGAAGACAAGGACUGCAAGCUUCUCAUAGCAUGUAUCGAUGCUACAAUCAGGUGCUCUGAAGGAAAAUGUCGUUGCAUCAAGGAUGAUAACAUAUGAGUCAUUUGAUGAUGGA